GCUGGAAUUCAUAGAAAUCUUGGAGUUCAUAUAUCCAGGGUCAAGUCAGUCAACCUAGACCAAUGGACCCCAGAACAGAUUCAGCAGCUGGAAUCCAAAAGAUCUUGAAACCAGUCCUGAAAGGCUUGCUCCUAUGCAAGAAAUCCUGGUGGCUUUUGAGAGGAAGAUAGAGAAGUAUUCUGGAAAAUUUCAAGAGGUAGUCGAGUGCAUGCAAGAUAUGGGAAAUACUAAAGCAAGACUACUCUAUGAAGCCAACCUUCCAGAGAACUUUCGAAGACCACAGACAGAUCAAGCAGUAGAAUUUUUCAUCAGAGAUAAAUAUGAAAAGAAGAAGUACUACGAUAAAAAUGCUAUAGCUAUUACAAAUAUUUCUUCCUCUGAUGCUCCUCUUCAGCCUCUAGUAUCUUCUCCUUCUCUGCAAGCUGCUGCUGAGAAAAACAAAUUAGAGAAAGAAAAGGAGAAGAAAAAGGAAGAGAAAAAGAGAGAGAAGGAGCCAGAAAAGCUUACAAAACCGCUUACAACUGAAAAGCUACAGAAGAAAGAAGAUCAACAAUUGGAGCCUAAAAAAAGUACCAGCCCUAAAAAAGCUGCAGAGCCUACUGUUGAUCUUUUAGGACUCGACCUCCUGAUUUCUGUAUUUUAUUUCCUUUGCUGUAAAUGCAAGAGAAGAAGAACAGAUUUAUUACAAAAUGGCCCUGCGGAAGCACCAGUGACCAAUGGGAGCACAGCCACGGGGCCGGCCCUCAGCGAUGAUCUGGACAUCUUUGGACCCAUGAUUUCUAAUCCUUUACCUGCAACUGUCAUGCCCCCAGCUCAGGGGAAUUCCUCUGUACCAGCAGCUGCUACCCUCGCUACAGUAACAUCCGGGGAUCUGGAUCUAUUCACUGAGCAAACCACAAAAUCAGAAGAAGUAGCAAAGAAACAACUCUCCAAAGACUCUAUCUUAUCUCUGUACGGCACAGGAACCAUUCAACAGCAGAGCACUCCUGGUGUGUUUAUGGGACCCACAAAUAUACCGUUUACCUCACAAGCACCAAGCACAUUUCAAGGUUUCCCUUCGAUGGGUGUACCUGUGCCUGCGGCUCCUGGCCUCCUAGGAAACGUGAUGGGUCCGAGCACAAGCAUGAUGGUGGGCAUGCCCAUGCCCAAUGGGUUUAUGGGAAAUGCACAAACUGGUGUGAUGCCCCUUUCUCAAAAUGCUGUUGGUCCCCAAGGAGGAAUGGUGGGACAGAUGGGUGCGCCCCAGAGCAAGUUCGGCCUCCCACAAGCUCAGCAGCCCCAGUGGGGCCUCUCACAGGUGAACCAGCAGAUGGCGGGCAUGAGCAUGGGCGUGGGCAGCGCCGGCUCCGCCGCGGGCUUCAGCCAGACCCCCAGCACCACGGCAGGCUGGCCGGCAAGCUCGUCGGGCCAGACGCUGAGCACGCAGCUGUGGAAAUGAGCAGUCGGUAAAGCCUCAUCCAGAACGAACACCUGACAUUCCUCGCUAAAUGCAUCUAGUUCCCGUUUACUCAUGUACAUACAAUUGUUUUCUCCCCCCGUCUGUUCAUAUUAAGAAUGACCUGAUUGACCGUGUUGGUCUGUGCCGAUUAUUUUGAUGUGGUGAAAAGCAGGUUGAGAAACCAUUUCAUGUCCAGGGCAGCUUUGCUCAUAUUUCCCUGAUUUCAUAAAGCCACAUUAUUUGAGAAGCUGCCCAGUCAACUUGCAUAAUCCGUUUUACUCUGAAUAAAAUUAUAGCUCUAAUGUUUGCAUAUAAGGGAAGUAGUUACGUUAGUAAUACCUCUAACAGUAUAAACCCCACCCCAAAUUAGCCAGUAAUCCGUAGGAAGGUACUGUAUGAUCAAAUGUUUAAUCAUAUAAAUAGAAUGUAAAUGUAUCACUGAGCACUGUUUUCUAGUGUAUCAAAAUUCUUUUUAUUUCAUCAUUCACCUCACUGUGCUGUUGUUACGAUGUGCUUUAACAGGGAACGUGGUUAGUGAAAGGAAGAUAAACCUGGAUGUUAUUAUAGAACUUAAUGAAUGUUUAAAGAAUUCAAAUUUUAUCUGCCUCUUGAAUUUGGAUUGCUAAUGUACAUAGUGCUAAAACAUGAAGACCUUUUCUGCACUAUAUGCAAACAGGGUAACUAAAACAAAGCUACUUUCAAUCCUUGAAGGUAUAUCCAGGUUUAUGACAGUAAUUGUGUUUACAUUUUAUGGUGCCUAGUAUUGACAAAAUGUUAUUUCCCUAUAUUAAACAGGUGAAUCCAUA